AUUGACUUCAACUUGCUCUGUUUCGUGCACCCUGCACACAGUAGUAAGUGUUGACUGUGGUUCCCUGUUCUGCUGCUAACAACUUGCAAGUGCUGCUCUCACUAUGGCGGUUGCAACCGGAGUUCAUGGAUGGAGAGACACAAAGAGUCUGUCCGUCCAAUUCAUCACCGGCCGGUGGUUCUUGGUGUUCGGCUCCUUCCUUAUCAUGGCGGCUGCCGGAGCCACCUACAUGUUUGGCCUCUAUUCCAGUGACAUCAAAACAACACUCGGCUAUGACCAAUCCACUCUCAACCUCCUCAGUUUUUUCAAGGACUUAGGUAGCAACGUUGGCAUCCUCUCCGGCCUAAUCAACGAGCUCACGCCACCGUGGGUGGUGCUAACAAUCGGUGCAGUACUCAAUUUUUUAGGGUACUUCAUGAUUUGGCUCUCAGUCACAAAGAAAAUUGCAAGACCUCAAGUAUGGCAAAUGUGUCUCUACAUCUGCAUAGGUGCAAACUCUCAAUCUUUUGCCAACACUGGUGCUUUGGUCACUUGUGUCAAGAACUUUCCACAAACUCGUGGGGUGGUGUUGGGAAUUCUCAAAGGCUACGUGGGACUCAGUGGAGCAAUCAUCACACAACUCUACUUUGCCUUCUAUUACAAUGAUUCCAAGGGUUUGAUUCUCUUCAUAGGUUGGCUUCCUGCAGCAACUUCCCUCGUUUUCCUUCGAACCAUUCGAUACAUGAAGCCGGUGAAGCAGAGUAAUGAGCUCAAGGUUUUCUUCAAUUUCUUGUAUAUUUCCCUUGGCCUUGCUGGGUUUCUACUUGUCAUGAUUGUAAUUCAGAAAAGGAUGGAUUUCACGAGGAGUGAAUAUGGUGUGAGUGCUGGUAUGGUUAUUUUCUUGAUGUUUCUUCCACUUGCUGUGGUUUUCAAUGAAGAAUACAAAAUCUGGCAGAGGAAGAAGCUUGCUUUGGAGGAUUCCACACCGGUGAAAAUAGUAACCGAGGGUGAAAAAUUCAGCCAGAGUGAAGCUAACACUACCAACUCUGUUUCAAACAAAACAGAGGACUCUGUUUCCAAUAAAACAGGGGACUCUGUUUUCAGAACAGAGGACAGUGCUAAAUGGUGGCAAAAUGUGUUUACUCCACCAAAAAGAGGUGAGGACUAUACAAUUCUUCAAGCUCUCUUCAGCAUUGACAUGUUAAUUCUAUUUAUAGCUUGCAUUUGUGGUGUUGGUGGGACUUUGACUGCAAUUGACAAUCUGGGUCAAAUUGGAACUGCUCUGAGGUGCCCCAAGAAAAGCAUAAGCACUUUUGUGUCACUAGUGAGCAUUUGGAAUUAUGCAGGGCGGGUUUUCUCUGGAUUUGUUUCUGAACAUGUUCUAACAAAGUACAAAUUCCCCCGUCCUCUUAUGCUUACUUUAAUCCUGUUUUUAUCAUGUGUGGGUCACAUUCUGAUAGCUUUUGAUGUGCCAAAUGGACUCUAUGUGGCUUCAGUGAUCAUUGGGUUCUGUUUUGGGGCACAGUGGCCUUUACUUUUUGCCAUCAUAUCUGAACUUUUUGGACUCAAAUACUAUGCAACUUUGUACAAUUUUGGAAGUGCAGCAAGUCCACUCGGGUUGUAUGUGCUUAAUGUGAAGAUCACAGGUCAUUUAUAUGACAAAGAAGCUAAGAAGCAAUUAGCAGCAUUGGGGCUACAGAGAAAAGAAGGGCAUGAAUUGAAUUGUGUUGGUGUUGAUUGCUUUAAAUUGUCCUUCAUAAUUAUCACUGCUGCAACUUUCUUUGGUGCACUUGUUUCACUGAUUUUGGUGGCUAGGACUAGAAAGUUUUACAAAGGUGACAUAUACAAGAGGUACAGUGAGGAGGCCACGGUGGUGGAAGCUGAAAUGGUGACAGGGAAAGAAGCCAAAGAGGUGACAACUUAGAAUUAGGACAAAUGGAUAAGGAUGAUCUAGGUCAAAAUUUGAAGUAUACACAAGAAAUUAAUAAUGUGGUUAUUAACUUAUCAUACAUAUUAUAAUAUGUGAUGUAACGUUAUGUGUGCUACAUUUUCUUUGGGUGUGUGUUUACUUGUUUGUCAUGUUGUCUCACAUGCAAAGCGACUUGCCCCUUUUUUCGGAUUUUUGUUCAGGUUCGAGAAAAGAAAGUUCUUAUUGUAAUGGAUGGAUCUAGUUUAAUGCUUUAAUGCAAGUUUAUUCCUUUUGUUUAAA